AAAAUUUUGAAAAUGAAACCAGUAACUCAUCCGAAAUUUACUAGAGGGGAAAAGUGCAUUCUAGUCCAUUUAUUGUUAACUAUUGUCAUUAUAAUAGUAUUACUAAUAAUAUAUUUGAUACAUAUACUAGUAGUUGAUCAUAGUGCUCAUAGUGUUUUUGACACACGGCGCGCCUUGUUACCAACUGACUAUGGGUUACACAGAUUCCCAGUUGGAUUAUUAUAUUAUGUAAAUGUAACACCAACAAGAAAUAUUUGUAAUACCCUCCUCUUAACUCAAGAAUGGUCAGUCAGUGCAGGACAUUGUGUGGCUAUGCGAGCUGACCCAGAUUUAUCCAACCUGUUAUAUGAUUGGAAAAUCAAGUAUCCUUAUGAUAUUCAAGGAAUUAAAAUCAUAAGGAGCAUCAUCCAUCCACAUUUCAAUAGAGACACAUUUGCAGAUAAUGUAGGACUGGUUCAGCACAAUCCAGUUCCAAAAAUACAGAGAUACAAAACUCCUAAAAUACACAUUGAUAACUUUUACAAUGGUGAUAUAGAGAAGAAAAAAAUGAUAAUUAUAAGUUGGGAUCAUGGUUCUAAAGGGGGAAAAGACAAAAUAGAGGUUCAUAAUGUUCAAUCCAUGGCAAUGGAAAACUGUACAUCGUAUGUUGUUUCAAUUAGAGAACUGAGGACAUACGAAUUUUGUAUUGUAUUGAAGAAGAAAAUUGACAUUACUUUAGGACACGGAGCUGUCAUUGUAGACUCAAAGGAUUUUACUGUUUUCGGAAUUUUUGCUUGGGGAGAAAGGCAACAGAAAACUUUGCCAUUGACUGUGCUAAAUUUAUCACACUUCAAGGAAUGGAUAGAAAGUGUUACAUUGUUCAUGGAUACCCUUAAUUAAAUACACUGUGAUCACUUU